ACGCUCCCGCGGUAGCGGCGCGGUGCGGGUCCCUCGUCCUCCCUCGGAGCUCCGCACCGUCCGCUGUUGGCGGGUGCGGAAUUUCAGGGCGGAGGGGCGGCCGGUCUCCAGAGGAUUCCAGAAAGGCGGAGGCUCCGUGAGGUGCUUGACUGAACGACAGCUUUCAAAACAGAUAAGAUCCUGUGGGAAGUAGAAUGUCGGAAGAUAUUGAAGGAAUUGAAAAAGAAGUAGAAAUUGAAUUAGGCAGAAUCAGUGUUUCUUCGUUUGGAACAGAUGAGGCUGACACAGAGGUAUCAGAGGAACCCUUGAGUGACAGUGAGUCUAUUUCAGGUGACUUGCCAGAAUCAGUUCUCGCCUAUUUAAACUUUAUCAAGAGCAGCAAUCAAGAUGCUGAAAAGCUUAUACUGCAGGACUUAGAAGAUGAGCAAAGUAGAAAUGACAUUUAUGAAGUAGUUUCUUGCUGUCCUUCUGAAUCUAAUGAAGAUUCAAAACAAUUUAAUGAAAAGAUACUAGUUGAAGUUGAAAAUGAAGACUUGCAGCUUGCUGCAACACCUGAUUAUAGUCAGUCCAUCAGUGACUGCACUGAUGAGCACUUUCUUACAGCUGAUCUUGAAAUGAGCAUAAGUCUUGCCCAUCGUGAAGUAGAAGAACAGUACAGACGAGCACUUGAGCUUGAAGAUGAAAAGAUGAAAAAGUGGAAAGCUGAGAGACAAUCACGGGAAAAACAAAAUGAAGAGGAGCAUGCAAGAAGAUUGCAGCAUCUGCAGCAAUUUGAGGCUGAAAGAAUAAAAUUAGAUCUUCUUCAUAAGGAACACCAGGCUGUAAUGGAAGAUGAGUUACAGAAAGAGAAGGAAGCUUGGAGACACAAAAUGAGGAAACAUGAGGAAUUGAUCAUGAAGCUGCAGUUGCAAAUGGAGGAGGAGAAAAAGGCCUUGGAAGAACAGAAAGCAAAAGAAAGACAGCAACUGGCUGAACAACAGAAUAUAGCAGCUGUGAAAAUCCAGGCUAGAUUUAGAGCAUUUUUAGUUCGUAAAAAAUAUGCUCCCAUUUUAAAACAAUGGAAGUAUGAAAUGAGAAAGAAGCAAAAAAUACUAGAGGAAAUAGAGCAAGAAAUGAAAGAAAGAGAGGAAAAACUGAACAGGCGAAUGGAAGAAAACAGGUUAAAGAGAAGAGAGGAAAGAAAGAGGCAAGAAGAACUUGAAAGAAAACAAUAUUUGAAACAGGUGAGGAGGCGUGAGGAAUAUGAGAAAAAGAAAGAAAGCCUGAGACUGGAAAGAGAAAAACAAGUGCAAAUAAGAAGAGAAGAACAAAGAAAAUUAGAACAAAAAAGAGCAGAAGCUGUGAUGAGUGAAAAUGUAGAAAAUAACAUAGAAAACAUAAAAAAGGAUAAUAAGACAGAAAAUAUGAAAGUAAUUAGAGAAGAGAAGGAGGAACUAAAUAAACAAGUAGAGGAACCAAAAGAAAAGCAUGCUGAAAUGAUGGAUGAAACAAAUAAUUGGAUGAUUCCAGCAGAAAGAAAUUUGACACCAAGCGUGCUAGGCUCUGAGAAGGCACACCCUUCUCAAGUAAAUAAUGAAAACUUACACAUUAAUUCAGUAAUACAAGUAGAAGAAAAUUACUCACAAACAAGUUAUCUUGAUAGAGUUUCAGAUGGUUGUAUUUCAAAGGAUGAAUCUCUUAACUUUGGUGCUAAUGACAUGGCAGAAAAUAAGGCAAAAUGUAUAUGCAGCAGCCCUCCAAAUGUCCAACCAAAUGCUAAUAACAGAGAAACUAAAGAUCAAUUUUCUCAUGGAACUAUGAAGAAAACUUUAUUUCUGAGGGAAAAUGCUACUGAAGGAGUCAGAGACAUCUGGGACAGUAAUCACGAUGUAGCAGAUUCUCCUAGUAAAGUAAUUUUUCCUGAUGAUAUUGAGAAGAAGAGAAUAAACUGGAUGAACACAUGCAAAUCUUGGUCUAAAAUAUAUGAAGAAAACCAAAGCAAGCAAGCAACUAUAAGAAAACGACUAAGAAAAAGUUCAUUUAGCAAGAUGCCUCCACUAAGUACAGAAAAGAUAAUUCAUAGUGGCCCUUGGAGUACCUUGCAACAGGUCACAAUGCUUACGCUUGAAGAUUUGCCAGCUUGUAGCCUCUCGACCUUAUCUGAGUGUUCAAACCUUCAAGUUUUGACGCUGAGGCGCUGUGGACUCGUUGCACUGGAAGGACUAAGUAGCUGCAAAGACCUGAAGUAUAUUAAUGUGGAGGAGAACAACAUUCAGGUAAUUGACUGUGCAAAUCUGGAAAAUCUCUGUAUUCUCAUUCUGAAUAAGAACCGUCUUUCAUCAGUUUGUGGCUUAGAUGGAUGCAAAAAUCUUCAAAAUCUUGAACUUUCCUACAAUAGAAUCACUCGAAUUGGUGGUCUGGAGUCUCUGAAAAAUCUUCAGCAAUUAAUUGUGGACCAUAAUCAGUUAAUCAGCACAAAAGGUCUUUGUGAGGUACCUACUCUCAUUCACCUAGACUGCUCUUUCAAUCAUCUUGCACAAGUUGAAGGCAUUGAGAAUUGUGGCCUACUUCAGGUUCUGAAGUUGCAAGGCAAUAAUCUCCAGGAGCUUCCAAGACUGGAAAAUCAUGUUCUCUUAAGAGAACUAUAUUUGGAUGACAAUAGUAUUUCUUCUAUGAGAAUGCUUUCUUCGUAUUGGUUGCCUCUAUUGCAGACUCUUUUGCUGUCUCAAAAUAGAUUAACUGACCUUGUGCCUUUAAAUUCAUUUGUAUUUUUGGAAAAGCUAGAUAUCAAAAAUAACUGCUUGUCAGAUCUUAAAAAUGUCCAUACAUGGUUUAGUGGCUGCCAUAAACUAAAGGAGUUGUCAUUGAGUGGGAAUCCUCUUCUCCAAGAAAAGAACUGGAGGUCUUCCAUGUUGAAAGUCCUUCCUAGUUUACAGUUGCUUGAUGGUGAAAUCUUAACCCAUCAUAAUUUACUCACAACUGAAAAAAUCAAAGCAUCAGAAUUGGGAACUUUUCUGGAACUAUGUCAAGUUCAAAUUGAAGAAAAUAUUCAACUGAAAAAAAAGGCUGCUGAAUUGGAAAUUACCUCUUCUAUUGAUUCUGUAGUGGGACAAUGCUGGUAUUUUAAUCAGUUGAUGAAACUUAGUAUUAAACAUCGAUAUGUACAUGAGUAUGGUGAGCUAAACAUUACUGACAGAGAUGGACCAGAAGCACUUCAAAAUCAUUUAAAGCAAACAUCCACUGGCUGCCUGCAGGAAAAUAACCUCUUUAUCAUGGGUGUGACAGAAAAUAAACAUGUCUUGUUGGAUCCUUCCAAAAGACGGAUUACUACUGGUGAUAUUCAGGCCACAUUCAUUAACUCCUCCAUACCUGUGCAUCAGAAGGAAAAUAGAGGAGAUCAACGAAUGACGCAGAAGAGCACUGAAUCUUGUAUUAAUUACAGUGGGGAGAGCAAAGGCAACAAUAACAUGUCAGGCCAACUCACAUUGCAACAGUCAGUGAUAGUAGCAAGUGACAUGGGAAGAAAUCUCCAGCACUUUGAGAAUGACGCAGAGAGACUACAUAUGGAACCAUCCUCAAUCCAGUCCUUUUGGCGGCAGCACCAUGCUCAGAGGAAAAAUGACUGCAAUAAAACAGAGAAUCAUCAGUUUGCAGAAGCUUUGAGACAGAAACAUGAAGCUGCCACAGUAAUCCAGGCAUCUUGGAAGGGUUUUCUUUUGCGAAAGAAACUGGCCAGUGCUCUUGCAGAUGUUAAAAGUGAUGAAUUGGAAGAUGAAUAUGAAGAAAUUAAUGUGGAUGCUUUCACGUUUUCUGAAGAUUUGAGAAGAAUUUACCAGCAAAUACUCAUGCCUUGGCAGAAAUAAUUUUAGUUUAAAAAGAAAUGAAAUAUGUUUUCCUGGACUAGCGUGAUAUUUAAAUGAAAUAUCCUACAAAGUGAAAUAUGUUUGCCAGGAACCAAGAGAGAAAGUUACAGCUUUCUGCCAGAUGAAAGACAGUUCAGUGGGCUGGCUGUGAGUAUCUAGAGGGUUAACCUUCAGCAUAAGAUCCCUCGGCUUCACCACUCCCCCUCCCACUCUAAGCAAGUAUUUAACCUAGAGGAUGUUUAACAUCAGGAAAAGUAGUUCUUCAUGUAGAAUGUAUUGCCCCAAAAUAAUUUUUGUAAGCUUAUUUAAAAUAGUCACAGAAGGAUGUUGAAAGUUUUGCCUUUCAUUUGUCUUUGCUUUUACCUUUUUUAUUGUCUUUCAGUGAACUAUACUUUAACUGCACUAUUCAAAUAUACCCACUGAAAACUAGAAAUUAGGAACAUCACCAGCCUGAAGAACUUUAUUCAAAUUUGUAUUCUAUAGAGAAGACUUAAUGGAAAGAUUUGUUCUGAUUCAUUUAUUUGUUUACUCGAAUUACAUUGUAGUCUUAUUGAAAACAAAUUUGAGUAUGGAGAGGACAGAUAUUUUGUAUCAUCUGGUUGAAAAAAGGGUCAUUACUCCUAAGGAUGAUGCUAAUGGCCUACCUCACAGAGGGCAGCAGAAGUACAGAAAAACAUACUGGAUAAAACCAGGCAGAUGAACUGGAAAGAAGAGUGAAUCUUUUUUCAAAGCACUGGGUGGUGCACACUAUUUCUAUGAAAUUCUAAUGUGGAAAUACUGUUUAUGGUAGCAGAUUCUUUUUCUUUUUUCUCUCGCCAUUCUUCUUGUUAGGUUAUAAUGAUCAGGAGCCAGUCAUUACUCUUAGUUCAUGAUAUGUUGUGGAUGUUAGCUUUCUUCUGCUUGUCUAUAUUGUUGUGUAAUUUACUUGUUUUUAUCUUAAAAUACCAUAUAAUUAAAUGCACUACAUAAAUGUCAAUAAUUUUUUUCUGACUAAACCUUCACUGUCGUGAAAACAGUGAAUGAGUCAAUAAGGAGAUGAAAGAAGAAAGGAAAGAAAUAUAAAGAGUUAUAUAUAUAAAGAAAUAUAAAUAGUUUUCUCUGAUUUUCAAAGACAGUUUCACUGUUUUCUUAGGUGGUGGUUCUGAGGUCCGCCACACUUGGAAACCUGGGAUAGCUUCAUGUCCCGUGGUGUCCAACAUGAUGUCCUUUUGAAGUUACUCUACACCACUUCAACAGUUACAUUCUAUGAGGCAUAUACAUGAUUUGCAUUCUUUCUAGGUUGACAUGGAGGUAACAUGGCAAACAUACUGACCAGACAGUUACAUUUGUUAUUAGAAAUUACGUGACUGUUUUAGGGUGAGGAAUAUUUGCCUAGUUUUUAGCAGAAAGAUUUAAAACCACCAGUCUCCAAGGUCUAAAAGAAUGUACUGCAGGAAGGAUUGUCCUCAUUGCGUCCAGCUUUUUUCAUUCUUUCCGUAAGCAACUGCUGCUGAACUCUUCUGGAAGCAGAGUACUGAUGUAGAUGGAUAUUUGCUCUGACUAGAACAGAGUUGUUAGAUGUCAAACGCUGGCCUUUCUUUUCAACCUGUAUUGUUAAUGCCUUUCUGCUUCCACUGCUUCAAGCCAUAGUGCAGUUUCAGGAAUUGGUUUGGUUUCUAUUAUGCUCUUGUGAUCCUCCUUGAUCUCAGAGAGAUGAAAGGCAAUAUGUGAUGGCAUUAUUCACAGUUUGGACAGUUAGUCCAAAGCGCUUGUAGAAGCGCUUCAAAGCCUGAGUGUAAGUUUGACACUGUCCUGAGCACUAUUUUUUGUUCAUGGUGUAAAUAGUACUCAGAACAGCCCUAAUUACAUGUAGAGUCAUGAUAUAUUAUAAAAGAUUACUUAGCUCCAGAAUGUAAUCCAGAGCAUAUAAAAUAUGCCUUGGAUUAGAUUUUGUAAAUAACAUUUGCACUAAAACAACUUUUGGGCAGCUCACUGAGACCCAAUUAAAGUUAGCAGAACCAUUCUCACUCAUUUUGCUUAUUGUAGGAUUGAAUUCUGCUUCUGAGACUACAGAAGUUCAAUGCUUGAUAUAAAUAGUCAUUGCAUUUUGCAAAGGAAGCAAUUGAGUAAAUACUGAAAAAAUGAAGGAAGAACAAAAUGAAGAAGGCUAUAUAUAAUAUGCCAUGGAAAAAAAAAAUCCCUAGACCUCCAGAGUUUGGUAAUGAGCUACAAAAUCAAAGGAGGAACUCUGUAAUAGUAGUGUCUCAAAGGAUAAAAAAAUGCAUUGUGAAUCAGGAUAAAAAAUUCUUUAUCCAGAUGGAUAAAUGGAAAUAGCUAAUAUUAUUAAUGUUUCAUUAUUAAAAUUCAGAAAGAAAAUCCUGACACCAAAUAGAUUCACAUGUCCUUCUUCCUGAAGAGUGGUGUCAUGGAUAAUAAGAUUGUGUUUAAAAAUUUAAAAAUUUGUUUCAAAUGGGUUAACAAAAAAAAAAAGGUGCAACAAAAACAAAUAGAAAGCUCUAUGUAUGUUUUGUGUGUUUGUGAAACCUGAAACUUAAAGUAAUUAAUACAGACCUUUUUGAAAUAAACACUGGAAAUAAAGCAUGGAGGAUACAAAAGCAUAUAAGAUAUCUUCAGGUGAACUAAUAUGUGUUAAAUAAACUGUGUGUGAUUUACACAUAUGUGUAAAGCCACAUUUUAUACCUGAGUAUUCAGGUAUUAUUAAAUACAAGUAUAACACACCUAUAGCUGUUAGUAUAGACCAUACAGUCAAAAAUUGUCAUUUUAUUUGCUUUGUAAUUCCUCUCAGGUUAUUGUUUUUUAAUCUUAGUGAACAAUAUCUGUACAAAGAGAUCUAGUUUUAAGCCUUAGGUGUUGGUAAAUCUGUCAUAAACUUUUCAUUAGGACUGUUUAUAGGGAAAGUGUGGGCAGAUGUUUCUUGAGCUUAGUGUUGUGAAAAUGUCCAGGCAAAACAUAGUGGAAGGGAAUGUUUGAAAAUCAAUAGUGUUUAUUUUUGUGGACAAAGCAAACAUCAGUGUGGUAUAUUUUCAUUAUAUGCUGUGCAUUUAUAGAAGUAAAAUAUGUACUUAAUGGUAAAUAAGCUGUCUUUUUUUUAUUGUUGUGCAUAUUUAUACCUUUGAUUCAUACUUUUAUCUUUUUACUGAUGUUUCUUUUCAACACUUAGGACACUGAAUUACAUUUUAGCCUACAAAAGAAAUAAAACCACUAGUAGUACUAAAUUAAUAAAUGGCAAACACUGGGCUAGGAAAAUAUUAGAGACAAGUUUCAAUAUAAAUAUUAAGAGUUUAAUUGGGUUAUAGUACAACUAUAGCACAAAAGGAUUCAGUCAAUGUACUUCUAAGUGAUUCUUGUUCCCAAAAAAUUGGCUACAUCUUUGGAGUGUUAUUUCUCAUUGGGAUUUUUGGUUUGGUUUAGUUUUUUGUUUGUUUGCUUGUUUGGUUUUGGGGUUUUUUUGUUGGGUUUUUUUUUUCUUUUACAAACUGUUUCAUCAGAGAAGUAAAAAAUCAACUAGCCAGCAUGGAGGCUUGGCCUGAAAUUUGAUAUUAGAGCUUGGAUAAUAUUCACUCCUACUGGAAGACCUUUAAGUACUCCGGUAAAUAAUGGACACAUCACUGUACACACGGAUUAAGUUGAUUGACAUUUAAAUUGUGCAAGAAGUGGAAAUCUACCUCUCUCCCACCUGUACUGAUUCUUUUGCAAAUAGAGGAGGAAGAAAAAUUUCCAAAAUUUGCUAUUUUUAUAUACCUGUAUAUACCAGCACUGUUGACUGGAUUGUAGGCCCAGUCAUGAAAAACAAGUGAAAAAUUCUCAUCUGAAAGAUUCAAAAUAGGAUUUGCUUAGUGCAAUUGAGAAGUAAAUUUAAAGAGUACAAGGAGGAAUAACAUUUAUUUUCACCAGAAAUUUUCAAUCAGAUGUUGUACCUUUUCAUAAUUUUUCUUUUUGACCAAUCUGCUGGAAUUAUUGUAGCUUUGUCUCUGCUGAGAUAUGAACUUGUCAGUCUUCUAUGUUCAAAUACUACCAAUGUCACAUAUUUAAUUUAUCACCUUUGGGAUUUGAUUUACUACGGUCUACUUUCUGGAAUGAAUUUUUUUUAAUGACAAUUAGGUGAGUCAACCACUCAGUGGUGAUCAGCAUAACAGUAAUCACAUCAAUGAGGAAAGAUAAAUUAGUGGGUUGUAGCUAACUAUUAAAGAAUGUGAUACAUUUUAUUUUUUACAUGCCUCUGCAGUUUAUUUACAUAGAUUUCUUAACAUACACAACUUCCCAAGAGAGGAGGUAGAAUAAAAUGGAUAAUGUUAUGUAUUUAUCAUGAAUUGAAAUGUUGAGGAGAGGAAGAGUGGUUAUCUGUUAAUAAUGAGGGCAUAGAAUUUUUCCAGAAAAAGGAAUGAAGCCCAAAAUAUACUGUAAUCAAAUAAUAAGGAAUUCCAGAAGCAGGGAGUCCAUCAGAUGUAGGAAUUCAUCCCUUUUAAGACAUGAAAAUAAAAUCAAACAUUAUUUUUCAAAGCUUGGUCAGAAUGGAAGCAGAAAGAGUGGUCUUAGAGCCACCAAAUCACCUGACCAGUACCUGAAGUAACCUUUCAAAAUACCUGGAAUAUGGUUCUUUUGUCUCUCAGAAUUUCAAAGGCCUUGGAAGAUCUUGUUUACCAAUCUAAAGCUGUACAAAGUCCUGUUUCCACAAACUGUACAGUAAGGUAUCCAAACUUAGCAUCCUUUCUCAGGUCAGAAAUCAGUACAACAUGAGAUAUUUUGUGAAUGGGAGAAAGAUAGUCCAGUUUCAUAAGCAGACAUUUUCAAAAGAAUGAACCCCAGGCUCUUUGCUGUUGAAGUAAGAAGAACCUGAAUGACUGAGCCCUGUAAGUCAAGCCAAAUUCUUCAGUGGUAUUUACUUACUUUGUGGGAAUGAUUUGAUUCUCUCAUUUAUCAGAAUAAGUUGAAAAGACAUGGUAAAAAACAUCAAGGACCUAUAAGAAAAGCAAGUAAUAUAGAGGUUGGGUUUGAAACAAUGCCUAGAGCUUGUUUUUAUGAAAGAAAACUGAAUUCUACCUUAAAGUGCUAAGAAUACCAGUUAGCAAUUAAUUCUGUCACCCUUCUUCAUUCCAACUAUUAUUUUAGUUCCCCAUUUAAUCCAUUACAUCAGAAAUAAAACUACAUAAUUGAAGCAUAUCGCAUUAUAUAGAACUUACUUUUUAACCCCAAAUUUCAAUGAAAAUUACUCACCAAUUCUGUUCAACAAAAACAAAUUUGACAGAAUCAGGAACCUACAUCUGGACAUAAAAUACUCAUUCAAAAACAGCACACAAAGCACUUCAUAUUCCUUAUGCCUUUAAGUAUCUUAGGUCUGUAUUUUUCAAACUUUGUCAGUCUUUUAUAAUA